AUGGCGCAGCGGCUGCUUGUGGUUGGCGGCAACGGCUUUGUCGGCUCGUCCAUAUGCAAACAGGCACUUUUGCGCGGCUGGGACGUCGUCAGUAUAAGCAGCAGCGGGCAGCCCUUCCGCACACCGCAAGGACAUGUGCCGGCGUGGGCCCAGGGCGAGCGCAUGGCGUGGCGGAAAGCGGAUGCGUUCGAUCCUGCGUCGUACAAAGGCAUCGCUGCAUCUUGUACGGCAGCAGUGCAUACCAUGGGCAUCCUCCUCGAGUCUGCGUACAAAGGCCAGCGGGGCUCUAUUGGUGGCAUCGUCCAAGGACUCGCAAAAGGCCUCGGGCUUUCCAGCGAUAACCCACUCAAGCCCAGCGAUGGGAUUACAUACGAGCGCAUCAAUCGGGAUGCUGCACUCGUCGUUGCAAACACCGUUGCCGCGGCACAGCGCGCCGCGGGAAACAGCCAAGUGCCUUUUGUGUACCUCUCCGCGGCCGAUAUCAUGCGCCCCAUUAUCCCAGCACGCUACAUCAGCACCAAAUACGAGGCGGAAGAGAAAAUCGAGGCUAUUGCCGAUGCGGACACGCCACACGCAUUACGCCCCAUCUUUAUGCGCCCUGGAUUUAUGUACCACCCGCACAACCGCCCAUGGUCUACUGUGCCCGCGACGUUCAUCGACGCUUCGCACCAUUUGCACCGCCUCCACGCACAGUGGCGACUGCCGUUUCCCACGCCUGCAGCGCUGCUGCAGAGCAAGUACGCGCCCACCGGGCUGCAUCCGCUCGCAGGCGCACUAACAACUCCGCCUCUUCACGUCGACACGGUCGGAAAAGCCAUAUGCGAGGCGAUCGCUGACCCACACAUCCACGGGCCGCAGGACUCUGCCGCCAUCCACGCCCUCGCCGGCUGGCAGACGCCAUCGUAG